CGUUUGCUUUGAUGUUGCUUAGCAACAAUUGUAAUCAAGUUGUUUCAAACAUAAAACAUAAACUUUGCUAAUAACUUAUUUUGUAAUAAUGAUUACUAUAAAUAGAUAAAUCCAGUAAAAAAAACACAAUCUUACUUAAUUACAUGUCAAAGAAACAAGCGAAUCUACUUAGAUUUCUCAAAAACAAGAGCCAUCACAAUGACUACUCCAAAGCUUUUGUAUAGCCUCGAACAGCCUCAUGGUAUGGGAGAGUUGUAUUUCUUAUGGCAAAAGGGAGAGUCGCGUUCUCUCUUAGCAACAACUGGAACUGAUGCAACGGUGGCUAUACAUGAUCGCUCGGGACAAUUAAUAGAAAGACUUAAGUUGCAAGGUUUAUGUGCAGGCAUGCAAUGGGACAACGAUGGGGACUAUUUAGCGGUGAUUACACCCAACAGUGCCACAGUGCUACUAUGGGAGUGUCAUACAAACAAGAGGCUUAACAUUGAAACAGGACUCCGUGAGCCACCAUCUUGUCUCGCUUGGGCAUUUGGAGAGCCUCUUUUAGCUGUUGGUACACAAAAAGGAAAUUUAGCAUUGUAUAACCAUCAUACCACUAAGAGAAUACCAAUAAUAGGUAAGCAUACAAAGAAAAUAACCAGCGCUGUUUGGAAUAGAGACAGUAUAUUGAUACUUGCUUCAGAAGACAAAAGUCUGUCUAUAAAUAAUUCAGAUGGGGAUACACUUAGAAUAAUCACCCUAAGGGAUGUACCAAAUGAUUUACAGUUCUCAGAGAUGAAGACUGAUGAAAGGGUAGCCGGGGAAAAUACAAUUAGUCUUGUGGUGGGGAAGCGAACAUUGUAUUUAUACAAUUUACUAAAUCCAGAGAACCCAAUAGAACUGGCAUUCCAGCAACGGUAUGGUUCUAUAGUUUCCUACAAAUGGUAUGGAGAUGGGUACAUCCUUAUCGGGUUCAGUGCUGGUUAUAUUAUAGCUAUUUCUACACACAUCAAGGAAGUUGGCGAGGAACUCUUCCAGGUCAAGAAUCAUAAGGACAAUCUUACUGAUAUUGCUGUAUUUGGAAAUCAAGCCGCUUCUUGUGGGGAUGGACAAUUAAAGGUGAUAUCAUUAUGGAACAAUGGGGAGGUGAGGUGCACGCUGGGCGUGGCCGGGGGGGCGGAGCGCUGCGCGUACAGCGCGGACGGGCGGCUGCUGGCGGCGGCGGGGCGCGCGCUCAGCGUGCACGUGGCCGCGCUGCCGCCGCUGCACGCCGCGUACGGCACCAGAGCCCUCGCCCUCACCAACCUCACUGAACUCACCGUCUACCAGUGUAUCGCUGUCGCAGAUGAUCUCGAUGCUGCUAAUAAAUCGGAGCCUACAGCGCUGGCGACGUACGCGUUGCCUUGCGAGCCGACGGCGAUAUCGCUGGGCGGGGCGCACGUGUGCUGCGCGCGCGGCCCGCACGCCUGGUACUACCCGCUGCGGGGCGGGCCCGCCGCGCGCCGACAGUACCCCGCGGACGUCGAAGCCGUGCGCAUGUCCGCCGAAUACGCCGCCGUCAUGUUCCAGGGACGAGCUAUUUUACAUUCAAUAGAACCACCGGAUCCCUCGCAGCCGGAACGCGACGCGAUAUACUUCCCGGAGCCGCACAUGCAGGGCUCUAAGAUUGUAGACAUACAUUUGACGAGCGAUUUCUUUAUUUUUGUUACCGAGCAAGGUGAGAUAGAGUACUUCGGUGUGGAGGAGUGGCGCGGCGCGGCGCGACACAAGCACUCGUGCGGCGUGGUGCGCGUGCACUGCGACAUCAGCGGCGCGCGCGCAUGUCUGGUGGACGAGCGCGGACGUGCGCACGUGUACGCGCCCGCAGCCGCCGAGCUCUGCGCCGUGCAGCGCGACACCGCACCCACCAUCAAGGGCGUAGUGUGGGACAUCUGCCUGUCGGAGCGCAACGUGUUCGCGAUGGUGACGGAGGAGGCGGUGGAGACGUACUACUACGCGGCGAGCUGCACUGCGGGCCCGCACGUGCACCACGUGGCCAGCACCAGCCUGCUGCCGCAUCACCACCCGCUCAUACUCUUCGCCGGAGACCUCUACUGCUACGCCAGCGGCCCCACGAUAUCAAAGAUGAGCCUGGAGUCUCACAACACUGCGGGUCUGGCGGACGCGGAGAGCGAGCGGCGCGCGGCCAACCAGCGCCGGCACGUGGACAAGCUGCUGGCGCUGCGCCGGCUGGCUGACGCCUGGCUCUUCUGCGAUGCCCUCGACGAGCACGCGCUCUGGAUCAAGCUGGGCGAGGCCGCCAUCGCCGAUCUCAAUGUUGAAUUUGCGAUACGUGUUUACACAAGAUUGAAUGACGUCGCCAUGGUCUGGGCCCUAGAAGAUGCAUCGCAAAUCGAGGAACUUCCGAUCCUUUGCGGUACGUUGUGCGCGUACCUGGGCCGGGCGGAGGCCGCCUGCCCGGCGCGCGCACCCGCCCUCUACUACAACCGCGCACAACAUCUAGAACUUACAGCAGAUUAUCACGAGGCGCUCGCGAACUACGAAAAAAGUAUUAUAACAGAAAAUACAGAUGAUAUAAAAGUGAAGGAGCACAACGUGAGAUGCGAGGCGGGCGUCGCGCGGAUGUCGAUCCGGUGCGGCGACGUGAUGCGCGGCGUGGCGCUGGCGCUGCAGCACUCGCACCACCCCGCGCUGCUCCGCGACUGCGCCCAGCUGCUGGAGGAGGAGCGCUACUGCGGACACGCCGCCGCACUCUACGACCGCGCCGGCAACACCGAGCGCGCCGCCUCGCUCUACAUUAAACUUAAGUCCUGGCUCAAGGUCGAAGCGCUCAUACACAAAAUUAACUCCCCCAGCGUUCACCUCCAGUACGCCAAAGCUAAGGAAGCGGAGGGCAGAUACAGUGACGCCUUAAAAUCUUACCUUAAAGCUCAAGACUACGAGGCCGCGAUCAGAAUCAACUUGGAGAAGCUAGACGACAUAGACGAGGCCGUGAACCUGGUGCAGGAGACGAAGUCGAUACAGGGCGCCAAGAUGGUCGCCGACUACUUCCAGAACAACGACGAUCCCACGUCCGCGAUAAAGUUCCUCGUAAUGUCGCUCUGCUACGACGAGGCGUUCCAGCUCGCGAGGAAGAACGGGAAGCUGCAGUUGUACGGAGAGAUAUUGAUACAGACCUCGCAGGCGAGGCCGGAGGACUUUAGAAGUCUGGCCCUGCACUUUGAGGGAGAGAAGAAUCAUCUGUUAGCGGGCAAGUUCUACUUCCACGCGGGCGAGUACGGCAAGGCGAUGGCGCACCUAUUGAAGACCGGAGGGACUGAUCAAGAAGAAAGCGAAGGCAUCAGUAUCGCUAUAGACGCGGCCGCAGCCAGCGACGACGAGAGAUUGACCAGAAGAUUGAUAGAAUUUCUACUGGGAGAGACGGACGGUACGCCGCGAGAUCCGCGCCAUUUGUUCCGACUGUACAUGGCCAAACGACAGUUUACCGAAGCGGCUAAAACUGCUGUAAUAAUAUCGGGCGCGGAGUGUCGCGCGGGGCGGUACCGCGAGGCGCGCGACGUGGCGCGGGGCGUGUGCGGCGCGCUGCGGGCACGCGGGGCCGCCGUGCCGCGCGACCUGCGCACCGCUCUCGCCAUACUGCACUCCUACAUACUGGUCCGUACGCACGUAAAGCGCGGCCGGCACGAGCUAGCGGCGCGGCUUCUGCUUCGUACCGCCAACGAUGUCGCAUUCUUCCCCACGCACCAACAUCAAGUGUCGAUUUUGACAUCAACUGUGAUCGAGUGCAGUCGAGCGGGGCUCAAGCACCAGGCGCAUCACUGGGCGCGCGUUCUCAUGCAGCCUGAAUACCGUUCCCAGAUAGAUCCGAAGUACGCAAAGAAGAUAGAGUCAGCGGUGCGCCACGCCCCGCGCGAGGCCGCGCCCCCCGAGCCGGCGGCUGCGUGCGCGCAGUGCGGGGCCGCGCUCCCCGCCGCGGAGCUGCACUGCGCGCGCUGCGAGGCCGAGCUGCCCUUCUGCAUCGCCACAGGCAUGCAUAUCGUGAAAGGAGACCUGACCGCGUGCCCCGAGUGCGACUUCCCGGCUAUACAUUCCGAGUUUGUUGAAUUGCUCCAAGAAGAGGGGAAAUGUCCGAUGUGCGGGGAAAGUGUUGACUUCAGACGACUUGUUAAAAUCGACGACGUGUCUUUGUAUCUCGAUACAAAGGAAUAAAAUGGGAAACAUUUCUGCCGUUUCACUAAUAUUGCUGUCUCUCUUUUGUCAAAGAGAAAGUAUGAGAUAACAAUAUGAAGAACUUCGACAUAUAAGUGUGCAGUCGCUGUCACCUCAACGUAUCAACCGUCCAUUAGUUGUUAAGAAUGUUGCAGUUUAACUGUAGUUUAAAUAUGUGAAAUUUGUAUGUAAUAAAGGUAUAUGUUGAACAUGGUUUAUUUUUGACAGAUGUUAUUGCUAUUCCGACAGUUAGGCGCUUUAGUUUAUCAUUUUAUCAUGCUUUAUUUGUUUGAAUGUUAUAGAAAACUUUAUUACCAGUCUAUGAUU